GGUGGCGGCGGCCUCCCUGGGCCAGUCCGGCGGCGUGCGUCUCUGCCCUUCCCCAACCGUCCGGGAAGGGGCCCGCAUCGUCGCCCCCGGCCCGGCCCAUCCCGUCCCCGCCUGGGCCCGUCGGGGCCCGCGCCGGGCUGCGCCUGCCCGCCCUAUGAGUGUGUCACUGGUUGUGAUCCGACUGGAGCUCGCGGACCACUCGCCCCUGCCCGCCGGCUUCGGCUUCAGCGCGGCCGCCGUUAGGGAAAUGUCUGAUGAAGAAAUCAAAGAAAAGACACUAGCUUCAGCUAAGGCCCAUUUAGAAGGAAAGGCACCAGUGGAGAAGGCAGCAAUCAUACAUCAACAUCUCGGCCGGCGAGAAAUGACAGAUAUGAUCAUUGAAACCAUAAAAUCUAACCCAGAUGAGAUGAAAGCUACAAUGGAAGAAAGAAAGUCUUCAGAGGCAUCAUCCUCUCCUGAGAAAAGUAGAACUGGAGAUCACAGCAAAGAAAUUGCUCCAGAUUCUCCCUCUAAGCAACUUCCAGACCAGAUUUCAUUCUUCAGUGGAAACCCAUCAGUUGAAAUAGUUCAUGGCAUAAUGCACCUGUACAAAACAAAUAAGAUGACCUCUUUAAAAGAAGACGUGCGUCGCAGUGCUAUGCUGUGUGUCCUCACGGUCCCAGCUACUAUGACCAGCCAUGACCUCAUGAAGUUUGUGGCUCCUUUUAAUGAAGUUAUUGAGCACAUGAAAAUAAUCAGAGACUCUACUCCAAACCAGUAUAUGGUGCUGAUAAAGUUCAGCGCACAGGCUGAUGCAGAUAGUUUUUAUAUGGCAUGCAAUGGUCGACAAUUUAAUUCAAUAGAAGAAGAUGUUUGCCAGUUGGUGUAUGUAGAGAGGGCUGAAGUGGUGAAAUCGGAAGAUGGUGCCAGCCUCCCAGUGAUGGACCUUACAGAGCUCCCCAAAUGCACAGUGUGCUUGGAGAGGAUGGAUGAGUCUGUGAAUGGGAUACUUACCACGUUGUGCAACCAUAGUUUUCAUAGCCAAUGUCUACAACGCUGGGAUGAUACUACGUGUCCUGUUUGCAGAUACUGUCAAACGCCAGAACCUGUAGAAGAAAAUAAAUGUUUUGAGUGUGGAGUUCAGGAAAACCUCUGGAUUUGUUUGAUAUGCGGCCAUAUAGGAUGUGGGCGUUAUGUAAGUCGGCAUGCUUACAAGCACUUUGAAGAAACGCAGCACACAUAUGCAAUGCAACUAACCAAUCACCGAGUCUGGGAUUAUGCUGGAGAUAAUUAUGUUCAUCGAUUGGUCGCGAGUAAAACAGAUGGAAAGAUAGUACAAUAUGAGUGUGAGGGUGAUACUUGUCAAGAAGAGAAAAUCGAUGCCUUACAGUUAGAGUACUCUUAUUUACUAACAAGCCAACUAGAAUCUCAGCGAAUCUACUGGGAAAACAAGAUAGUCCGGAUAGAAAAAGAUACCGCUGAGGAAAUUAACAACAUGAAGACUAAAUUUAAAGAAACCAUUGAGAAAUGUGAUACUCUGGAGCAUAGACUCAAUGAUCUCCUAAAAGAAAAGCAAUCUGUGGAAAGAAAGUGUACGCAACUGAACACAAAACUAGCCAAACUCUCCACUGAGCUCAAAGAAGAGCAAGAAAUGAAUAAAUGUUUGCGAGCCAAUCAAGUUCUCCUGCAAAACAAGCUUAAGGAAGAGGAGAAAGUUCUGAAGGAAACUUGUGAUCAGAAGGACAUGCAGAUCACAGAGAUUCAGGAGCAGCUGCGUGAUGUCAUGUUCUACCUAGAAGCCCAGCAGAAAAUUAAUCACCUGCCAGCCGAGACCCGGCAAGAAAUCCAGGAGGGACAGAUCAACAUUGCCAUGGCAUCCGCGGCAAGCUCCCCUUCAGUUGGAGGUACAGGGAAGCUGCCCUCCAGGAAGGGCCGAGGCAAGAGGGGCAAGUGAGCCUCUUCUAAGCAAGCAUUUGUGGCUAAGACAGUAGCCCCUGUCACCAGGAGGUUAUCAGGGGCUGCCAGCUCAAUGUGAGGUUGGUUAUGGAAUAAGUAAGUACACCAAGUGAGGAUCAACACAAAAUUGUUUGGAUCGUUUUUUUUCCUAGUGUGUUGUUUAAUGAGUUAUAGGGGUUUAUGACCAGGACAGCUAAUGGGAAUUGGCAGUAUUUAAAAGGGUUUUUCUUUUAACUGUUACAUUUAGCUAACCUCUGACAUGUUUUAAUUACCAUUUUGCCUUCCAAAUUUACCCAAAACUAACUAUAUUUUUCAGCUGUACUUGAGUUGGCAUAAUUCACACUUAAGUCCUGAGGUCAAUUUUUUUAGAAAAAGUUUGAAACCUCAGAGGAGAUUUCCUAGGCACACGAGCACCAAAGGACCCUUGGAGCAGUAGCAGCUGCAAAGGUCAAGAAAACAGGCACAUUUAAGGCUAGAAAAAGCAUUCGGUCAUUCCAGAAACAUCUGUCAGAAGGCCCAUCAAUGAUGAGGGGGAUGGGAAGGUCAUCCUCUUUAAGGACAUUUGUGAACCAGCCAUAGAUGCGUAUUACUAUGGCAUCUACUCCAGUUCCAGGCAUAGCCUGGAAAAAACCAAUCAAACACAAUUAGGCAGAACACUCACUAUGCAUGUGACAACAGUAUUUCCACUUUGUUUUGGGUUCACCUAAUUUUAUUAUGACUGAAGUCUGAAGGUUUGGUGAUUAUUGCCCAGAGUCUUACUGACAGCCCCCCCCACACACACACACACCCCUUCCCUUCCCCCAACAAGUGCUCUUGCUCCAGCAGAUUGGACAUUGAGCCAAAUAAACUGACCAAGCAAAUGAAACAGCCAAGUUAGACGUUUACAUUAGGUGGGGGUAUAUGGUGUACCUGUCCUGCCAGCUGUGCUUUCUGCUGAGGUCAGUGCUGAUUAAAUAUUCAUAUAGUUUACAUUCCAUGUUGAGCUAGAGGCUAAAAUAAACUUUGGAAGGAAAAAAAAAUCUCCAAAGACUAAAUUGUAGCUCAGUUACAGAAUAGGGAAUUUGACAUAGCCUUUUCAAAUGGUCAUUUCUUUUGACCCCCAUUGGUGGAUCAGCUACUUAAUCUAGAACCUCAAACCAAAGCAUAACUUGCGGAUAAGCAGAACAGAAUUAAAGUGAGAAGAGUCUUGGCUGUUGGCCUUUAGCCUUGAGUAAAAUGAGCAGAGUAAAUUAUACAGCAAAUACUGUUAGGUCCUGGAUUUUUUAAUGCAACAGUUAAUCAGUUUGUCUCCAAAUUAUCACAUUUCAGAAUUAUUUUUUGAUGGUGAUUGGGCUACUCCAAAAUCUCAUCUAAAGCUUGUUAGUGCACCGGCGCCAUCUUUCCCCUUUGUUCUUCUGACUUGCUGCUGCAGCAUCUCUGAGGAACUUUCUCAUGUAAAUGUUCUUAGAUAUUCUCGGUCCUUUCCUAGUAUAGACCUACUAGACAGGUUGACUUGGCCUUAGGUACAGAUCUAUUGUAAAACCUUAGUGGGCGUGUAAAAGAGUCAGAUUCUCUCUCCUAUAGAAAUUCUAUUUUAUUUAAAAUAUAUUUUUACACUAGCUAGAAUCCUGCUUUUUGGCCAAGAGAUUGUGUUGCAUGUUUGACCUUUCAGAAGCUGGAAUAGUGACCUAAUGACAAGAAUUAGAAUUAGUUUAGAAGUGUGCAGUAUCUUUUCUACAGGCUCCCCACACCAUAAAAUAAGAAAAUAACCAGGUAGAAAAGCAGUGAUUUUUUGGAAGGAGUAGAACUAAGUAAUAAUAUGAAAGGCUAUACCAGAGAAAUAAACAAAAGGUAAAGGUAAUAAUUGGAGGGAAAGAUGUUUUAUCAAGGUAGAUAUCAUAAAGUCUUAACUAGACAAAGUAUAUUUUUAAAAAUUGUUUGUUUUGAAAUUCAUGUAUUUUUAAUUUAACUGAGUUUCACAAGGGGGUGGGACUCGGGAGGGAGUUUGAGGGAGGGAAGCUGCUACUGCAUUUUCCAAGAUGGAAAUGGGCCACUUACCAUCCCCACACUACCUUGGAUGGGGAAAUUGCAUUAAAAUUGCUCAACUUUGGAAUGACUCUUGUCUGGGUGUGAUUUUUAUGUCUUGAACUGAAAACCGAUUAGGGACAGGUCAUUCAUU